AUGUCCCCGCAGCAAACAGGUAGCAGGAAGCGGAAAGCGCCCGCGCUCGAGGCGACCGCCGCGGGCUCGUCGUCGCAGGGCUCGGCGGCGGCGGCAGCGGACGGAGACGGGCCGCUGCCGCCCAAGAAGCAGAAGCGGCCGGCGGCGCGGCGUUCGCUGCUGCACUACCUGAAGGGCCGCGAGGUGGGCGCGCGGGGCCGCGCGGGGCUCCCGGGCUUCGAGGGCGAGCUGCGCGGCUACGCGGUGCAGAAGCUGCCCGAGCUGCUGCGGGAGCGCGAGCUGGCGCUGGGCACCCUCAACAAGGUGUUCGCGUCGCAGUGGCUGAACGCCAGGCAGGUGGUGUGCGGCACCAAGUGCAACACGCUCUUCGUGGUGGACGUGCAGUCGGGCCAGAUCACGCGCAUCCCCCUGAUGCGGGACCGCGGGCCCGGGCCGGCCCGGGCCCAGCCGAGCUGCGGCAUCCACGCCAUCCAGCUGAAUCCCUCCAAGACGCUUCUGGCCACGGGGGGUGAGAACCCCAACAGCCUGGCCGUCUACCAGCUGCCCACGCUGGACCCCGUGUGCCUGGGCGAUCGGCACGGCCACAAGGACUGGAUCUUCGCCAUCGCCUGGAUGAGCGACACGGUGGCCGUGAGCGGCUCCCGCGACGGCACCGUGGCGCUCUGGAGGAUGGACCCCGACGUGUUCAGUGGCAGCAUCGCCUGGCACAACGACGCGGGGCUCCCCGUGUACGCCCACAUCCGUCCGAGGGACGUGGAGGCCAUCCCCAGAGCCAGCACCAACCCCGGCAACCGCAAGGUGCGGGCCCUGGCCUUCAGCGGCAAGAACCAGGAGCUGGGAGCCGUGUCCCUGGACGGCUACUUCCACCUGUGGAAAGCCCGGAGCACCCUGUCCAGGCUGCUGUCCAUCAGGCUGCCUUACUGCCGAGAGAACGUGUGCCUGACCUACUGCGAUGAGUUGUCCCUGUUCGCGGUGGGCUCCCAGUCCCACGUCUCCUUCUUGGAUCCGCGGCAGCGCCAGCAGAACAUCCGGCCCCUGUGCUCCCGAGAGGGCGGCACGGGUGUGCGCUCGCUGAGCUUCUACCAGCACAUCAUCACCGUGGGCACGGGCCAGGGCUCCCUGCUCUUCUACGACAUCCGCGCCCAGAAGUUCCUGGAGGAGAGGGCCUCGGCCAGCCCGCCCUCCUCUCCAGGGCUCGCAGGGAGGAAGCUCAAGCUCACGUGUGGCAGAGGCUGGCUCAACCACGACGACCUGUGGGUGAACUACUUCGGUGGCAUCGGCGAGUUCCCCAACGCGCUGUACACCCACUGCUACAACUGGCCCGAGAUGAAGCUCUUCGUCGCGGGGGGGCCUCUCCCUUCUGGCCUCCACGGGAACUAUGCAGGCCUCUGGAGCUGAGGAUGGUCUCCCGCCGUGUCCUCAAAGUGCCCAGGCCCCCCUCACUUUCCUCUUUCGCUCUGUGCGUGUGCUUUUGACUCUGUGUGGCUUUUCUCUUCCAGGUGGAAAGUGCCCAGCUUACCUCUACCUCUGCUUAGUAUAUUAGGCAGAGAGAGAGAAAAAGCAGAAGUGGUCUCUUGG